UGGCGCUGUGGACACAUUUGAAGAAGCAGCAGCAGCAUCCGUAACGUUAACUGGCAGCCCAAAUCAAGUUAUAUCAGUCGACAUGAUGACAAGUUGAUUUUGUGACUGACCCAGGUUGCAGAUUUAGAGACGUUGGGACAGGGAGGAGAGGAGAUGGGGGGAUUGUGUAGGCCACUCCAGGCCUCUAUGGUCUGGCUGGCCGUUCUCCUUCUGCUGCGGGGGGAGACGGUGAACACAGCCCAGGAGUUUGACCCCUACAGAGUCCUGGGGCUCACCAAGAGCGCCAGUCAAGCAGAGGUCAAGAAGGUGUACAAGAGGCUGGUCAGAGAAUGGCACCCAGACAAGAACAAUGAUCCUGGGGCUGAAGAUAUGUUCAUCAAGAUCACUAAAUCUUAUGAGAUCCUGGGGAAUGUAGAGCGGCGUGCUAACUAUGACCGCUACGGUCAGAUGGAGGAGAACAAGCAGGGUCAGCACCAGCAGGGCUUCAACCGACACUUCCACAACAGCUUCUAUUUCGACGAGUCAUUCUUCAAUUUCCCUAGGUCAGGCCGGGACUUCUCAGACAGCAAGUACCUGCUCGACCACGCAGGGUUCAACAGUAAGGUGCUGCCCGACAGCUUCAAGCGGCCCUACCUGAUCAAGAUCACCUCCGAGUGGUGCUUCGCCUGCGUUCACAUCGAGCCAGUCUGGAGGGAGACAGUACAAGAGCUAGAGCCACUGGGUGUGGGUAUCGGCAUUGUUGACAUUGGUUACGAGCGUCGCCUAGCCAACCAGCUGGGUGUCCAUCACACGCCAUCCAUCCUGGGUGUGGUCAAUGGUAGAGUGACCGUGUUCCACUACUCCGUGGUCAGAGAACACCUGCGACAGUUUGUAGAAGACCUGCUGCCUCAGAGGCUGGUGGAAAAGGUAACAGAUAAGAACUAUGUGUCCUUCCUGGGCAGCUGGCAUGUUGAGAACAAUCCCAGUGUGUUGCUGUUUGACCAAGUGCCUGCAGUGCCCCUGCUCUACAAGCUCACAGCGUUUGCCUUUAAGGACUAUGUGCGGUUUGGUUACGUGGACCAGGGCCUGACAGAGACAUCCAGACUACUGCAUCAGUUCAACAUCAACAGCUAUGCUCCCACAAUGCUGCUGUUCAAGGAGAACACUGAGCAACCUGCUGAUAUUAUACAGGCUAAAGGGAUGAAGAGACAGAUCAUGGAGGAGUUUGUGUCCAACAACAAGUACCUGUGUGUCCCUCGGUUGGUCAACCAGCAUCUGUUCGAUGAGCUCUGCCCCAUCAAGCAGUUCCACCGACGCAGGAAGUACUGUGUGCUGCUGAUCACUGGUGAGGAGCCAGGGUUUGUCCCUGGUAACCAGGCCUUCCUGACCUUCGCCUCGUCCAACACUAAAGACGUCCUGCGCUUCACAUACGUCUACCAGAGACAGCAACAACCACUGUGUCAGGCCUUGCUCCACAACCAGGCCCCACUGUUCGCACAGGUGGUGAUACUGGAGAGGCGGAGCCCGGGAGGUAAGGCUGUGUACCGGUCUGUGAUUGGUGGAUGGAACGGCAGUGACGAUGAUAAGACCCGCCUCCACGAGCAGCUGGAGCUCCUGCAGAGAGACCCCUCCUACCUGAGCUAUGACGCCACGCUACCUGAACUAAACAACGAAUUGGCCCCCAUGUUUCUGAUUCAGUGGAUCAAUGCAGCUUACGAUUAUUUCCUUCAAAUCUAUGAUGACCUUCUCUUCUCCAACUGGCGAGAGAUGAUGCCCAUCCUGUCUCUCAUCUUUUCUGCUCUGUUCAUCCUCUUUGGUACUGUCAUCAUCCAGGCCUUCAGUGACUCGGGUGAAGAGAAGCCUCCCCCGAAAUCAAAGCCGAAGAACCCACCAAAGACUGACGACUCACCUGGUCGAGCCAAUACUUCCAGUCGUCCUCCUAAGAAGGACUUUGUGGAGGUGACUGAGCUGACAAACAUCACCUACAUCAGUAACUUGGUCAAGCUGAGACCUGGUCACAUCAACGUGGUCCUAGUCCUCACUGACGCUUCCAAGAAUGCUCUGCUCAGGAAGUACGCCAAAGAGGUCUUCUCCUUCUCCGGGACCCAGACCCUACACUUCUCCUUCCUGAAUGCAGACAAACACAGCCAGUGGAUGCCAUCUCUCCUAGAGUCUUGUCCUACUGCAGCCCGGGCCCUGGCCCACGGAGAGGAGGAGGAGGGGGGAGGAGGAGAGGGGGAUGAACACUCCUCUCCUUUCUCAGGUCGUCCCAGAGACUUCACAGGCCAUGUUCUGGCCCUCAAUGGACACAAGAAGUACUUCUGUCUCUUCAGACCUGUCUUCACUGGGGACACGGACACUGGCGGAGAGAGCUCGAGCUCAUCAUCUUCAUCAUUUGACGAAGGCUCCAGGAGAAAGUCUCGGUCAAGGUCGCGGUCCCAGUCGAGCUCACGUUCAAGGUCCAGGGAGGAGGGGGGUCCGUCGGGUAGGGGAGGGAGGGGUGGUGGGCGGGCCUCCAGGGCUACCAGUCUGGAGGUGCACCAUAAGCUGGACAGGCUGGGGCUGUGGAUGGAGAGGCUGAUGGAGGGGACUCUGCCCAGGCACAGUGUCCCUGGCUGGCCUGGGCUGGACACCACCUCCCCAAGCUCCAGCCCCACUCCCCAGAACUGAGGAACCACACUGGACUGGACCCGACCGGACCCCUAUGAAGUGUAAAUGAGGUUUCUGCAGCUUAAACGUAGCCAGUAGUCAUUAUGCAAAGCCAAUGAAUAAUACAGAAGAUUAAUAUAACCCUAUAAAGGAUACUAACCUGGUCCCACAUCUGUUUGUGCUGUCUUGCGAAUGCCAACUUCAGGUGUGACAAUGGUCAUAGGAGUUGGCCAGACGGCACAAACUGAUCCAGAACCAGGCAAGAAACUGAAGCUUCAUUUACCCUAUCACAACAAUCAUUUUUUACUUUCACUUUAGGGACUAUAGUAGGUGAAGCUUCAAAUGCACUGAUCUUGCCAUUGUCUUUCAUAGGAAGCUGUUAACCCAGAAUUAGGGCUUGAGACAAUUGACGUGUUGCACUGUAAAGCACUGACUACUGUAUGUUUGGAUAUUUUGUUGUAAAUAAACACCAAGGGCCCUAUUCAAUAACCACCGGCUCUUAGGAUUUAAAGAAAAGGGGGGGGGGGAUAUAUUAUGUGCAGUUCAGAGAGAGGCUGGUGGGGUGAUCUAUAGGAGGACAGGCUCAUUGUGAUGGUUGGAAUGGAAUCAAUGGAAUGGAGUCAAACGUCCUCCUAUUGCUCCUCUCACCAGCUGACUCUGGUUCAAUUAUGGGGGGGAAAUUAUGCAGGUUAGGAUCCAUGUACUGAACAAAAUUAUGUGAAGCAAAAAAAUCUAAAUGUACAGUUUUAAUCUAGGGUCAUGUUCAUAGGAAUUCAUUUUUGAAUCAGGAAAAACAAACUAGUUUUUGUAGCACAAGUUCAGGUAUUACCUCCCUUUUCACUACGUUUUCUCCUAUUUCAUGCUUACUGAACUUUACCACAGUAACACUGGACUAAGGUCAGUUUUGCUUAUUCUUUCCUAAUGGUUAGGACUUGGGGGUGCUAAACUGUUCCUAGCUGAUUGAAUAGAGCCCUUGGUGUUCUCUGCUGCUGCUCAGGGCCAGGUCCCCAAGCUGGAGAUCUCAGUACAACUCUUUUAUAAAUAUUUCUAUCCAUUUGCAGAUCAGGCAGAAAGGUUGAAUCAUCCUUCUGUCUUGUUUCUUUUCUUUUACUUUCCGUUUUGAGUCUGUGCCCUUAAAUAUACCGCUAUGGAUUUUUAUUGCAUGUCAUUGUCAGAAGAAUAUUCUGUGUUGUCACAUGAUUUGCAAAGCUACAUCAACAUUAUUCCACAUCUCUUUCUGUACCUGUACCUCAUGAUGUGCUUGUGAACCAUGCUCGUGUGAUGAGUAACCUUGCCUGAGACCCGAAGACUUUGGUUAAGGCUUUAGCUUAGCGAGCUAAACAGUCUGGUUGAAACCGUAUAGUCCAUGGUUCAAACCCAGCCGGUCACAUUUGCACAAGGUUUUGCAUAAGAUGUCCUUUACUUGCAUUCUUGCUACAGAAUGAUUUCCAGCUCACUAAGUUCUAGAUAUGAACUACGUAGAUAUUUCACUUUGCCUGCCUUUCAUUUUAAUGUGUUUUUCAUGUUCAUGUCCAAUAUUGGUGCUGAUGAGAGAUUUAACAAAAUGUACGUUUGAGAUGUUUGGGAGAGUACUGUAGUCCAUUUUAAACGAUUGGUAUGAAAUUAUGUGAAUGUAGAAUUAUUCGAUGUGCUGUUGAUAUUUAUUUGAUGUAGCCUAUAUGCUUCCUAAGCCUAAUAAACAUUUUCUAAAUCUA